AUGCGCAGACCUGUUAGCGCCCAUGCGGUGCUGACGUUGUUGCUAGGCAUCGUUUUACUCGGCGCUGAUCCGGCCUCUGCCCUGAUCCCAUAUGCUCCAGCGCAGCUGCUCUACAGCCUCGACCAUAAUAGCUCUUUUGCUUACCUGUUGCAUUCGACGGGUUCCAGCCAGAAUAUCACCACUGAAUUCCGGUCGCUGAACAUAUCAGGAGUUGUCGAUGCCGCGAAUCCGCCUUAUUCAACCCUAACAAGCUCAUUGCCCUUCCAAGAUUAUGAAAAUGGCUCGGCCUAUGUACCUUCCAUUGACUCUUCUGGUAAUAUCAGGGUAUUCACGGGUGACUGCCGGAAGACUCCGGAUCAAGGCGCGUUGUGGCAGUUCAUCGCCAAAGCGAACGACUCCAUUGGCAAUGGUACGUGGGAGCAAUUGAAAGUAGAUAGCUCUAGCGCUGAAUCCGAUGCUGCUAUCUACGGACCUAACUUCCUCUCCGCGGGCUUCGCAUAUGCGUCCACCAAUACUUCCAACAGUUCUGUGUAUGCAUUCGGCGGCAUGUGCCCGUUCACGAAUGCCACAAAUCAGACCUGGAUGGCCGCUGCGAACUAUUCCCAGUCGAUGAUCGUUCUUGACCCUCGUAGUGUCGGGGAUGCCAACUCUUAUGAAGCCUCCUCCACAGGCGACCGAGCCCCUCCUAUUGCGGAGGCGGGGUUUACGAUCACACCCCUGCAGGCCUCCUAUGCAUACUCCUCUACCGGCGAGUCGCGCAAGCAGCAAGACUUCCUUCUGAUUGGAGGCCAAACUCGAGAUGCUUUUAUCAACAUGUCACAGCUUGCCGUGUUCUCACUUCCGCAAAAUAGCUGGAGCUUUGUGAAUGUAAUGACUGCAUCUACCACUCUCAAGACUGAACUUGCCGUUCGAGAAGCCGAACCCGUGGAGCCGAGAUCAGGCCACACGGCAGUGCUGUCCCCGGACGGUAGCAAAGUCAUUGUUUACGGAGGCUGGGUAGGGAACACGAGUGUCGCAGCUCGACCACAGCUAGCUAUCCUGGAGCUUGGGACCGACUACGAGGGAUGGACCUGGAGAAUACCGUCGACGACAGUGCCCGAGGUAACCGAAGAAGCGGCAGGGAUGUAUGGCCAUGGUGCCACAAUGCUUCCUGGAGGAGUAAUGAUGAUUGCAGGGGGACAGUACAUCCCCAUGCCUUUUUCAAAAAGCUUUUCUACGCGGUCGAAACAAAUUUCGCAAGUCUACUUGUAUAAUAUCACCUCGGGAGAAUGGGUGUCCUCUUAUGAGAACCCGUACUCGCCAGCAAUCGGCGCAAGUGCCACUAGCACCUCAGGAUCGCGAACGAAGACUGGACUCGGCAUUGGACUCGGUAUAGGCAUUCCUGCUGUAAUGGGCCUAGCAAUUCUCCUUUUUUCCUACACCCGCAGGCGUCACAAGCGUCGUUCGCGAGAUCAAAAGUUGCGCAAUCUGGCUCUGGGAGCCGAAAGAGCUCACUUUUGGGGCGGCGAGGAGCAAUUCAUGGCGAGCAGCAUGCGUAGGCCGUGUUCGGGGGAUAUGGAAGAGAUAGCCGACUGGAAGAGCAAGCGUGGAUCCGUGCAGUCAUCUAUUUGGCGCGAUAAGGGAGGAGAGACAAUCGCAGAAAGUACUGGCCUGCUCGGGGAAGCAUCAAGUCCUACCAAGCCUAUUCCCUCUGGUCCCAAUGCGAGAUUGUAUCGGCCUCCCACCCAAUACAGCGAGUUUCGCCGGAGUGAUGCCACCGGUGAGAUCCAUCCAAUCGAUGAGCGAGAGGAGGAUGAGGCCAAGAACGCCGGAACGAUCAUGAUGCAGGAGACAUAUGACCACCCAAGAGGAUCGGCCUUUCUACCAUCCCUGGGCGUCAACGUUGGCUACUCGGCUGUUCCUCUGGUACCGCCUGAAUUUAUCGCAGGCGUUGGCCUCGUUCAAGAGGACGGCCGCGCCUCUUCAGAUAAGGAUGGACGGACUUCAUCCAAUCUAUCCGAAUCAUCGUCCGCGUCUGCAAAUUCCAUCUUGCAAGCCCGCUCCGCUGGAGCAGCUUCCGCCCACAGCAGUGGUGGCGCCAGCAGCAGUAACAUCAGCACCCGAGAUGGUCCUCGAAGCCGACCUAACAGCAUGGCACUUUCCUUCGUCGAGCAAUGUUAUACCUCCGAUUCUUACUCGACGGCGCAAACCUCAGUGUCUCAACGUCAGUCGGAAGGCGAACAUCUUCUCCAAACUCAACCUCACUGGGACGAGCUCACUUCCCCUCUUGCUCAAGCCCUCGAGCUCUUCCCUAUGCCUGGCGGCAAACCCACCGCCUUGCCCACUGUAAUCAGGCCCCGGACCUCCGACUGGAUUGGCAACAAUGUCCGCCGGGUCCUCUCCCUCACCCGGCGCCGACCAUCCACAGCAGAUUUCGCCGAACACCCGAACGCUUUCACCUCAAUCGCCUCCGGCAUCGACAUUAACCUCGAUCAAAGAAGCACUGUCGUCGGCAACGGUAGCAGCCGUCCAUUCCAGGCAUCUCCGUGUCCUUCCGGCUACGGAAAUGCGCAGAUCCCGCGUCGUUCUGUAAGCGCCUCUGCCGAAUUGUUUCGUCGAAAGCAAGGGGCACGGGACUGGGGAGCCGGAAAUAGAAGCUCGAUUGCCCGCCCUGCUUGGCGUGACGACUCAGGUCUCGACGGCGAGCUUGAUGGGGAUGAUGACUGGGAUGUUGAGGGUGCGGCCGAGGGCCGGCGGGUGCAGGUAACAUUCACAGUACCGAAGGAGAAGCUGCGAGUUGUCAACGCCACGGCUGGCGAACUGGAUGCAGCAUCGGAGAGGUCCGUCAGUGGAGGGAUUCAUCGGAGGAUCAGCGGGAUUUAA